AUAUGUGCACCAAUAACUAUUCUAUGCACGAAACAUUUAAAUACAACACAUUCUUUCUGGUGAAUUGUACAGAACCUACCCGUUUUCGUGCGAGAUAAAGAAUACCUUUUCCGCACAUGCGUUGUAGUUAGGGGUACGCAUCUCAGGGAGACAAGACGCUACUGUUGCCUCAGUUAAAGAUGCCUCUUUUUGGGAAUACCUUCAGCCCCAAGAAGACCCCUCCCCGCAAGUCUGCUUCCCUGUCCAACCUACACACUUUGGACAGAUCCACCAGGGAGAUAGAGCUUGGGCUGGAGUAUGGGGCCCCUGCAAUGAUCAUUGGGGGUCAGAGUUUGAAAUUUGAGGAGGGGCAGUGGAUUUCAGAGUCUGGAGGCAGUGUGUCAGGGAAGGAAGUGCAGCGAUUGAAAAAGCGGAACCUGCAGCUGGAGGAGGAGAACAAUUUACUGAGAUUAAAGAUUGACAUCCUGUUGGACAUGUUGUCAGAAACUACUGCUGAAUCUCAUCUACUGGAGAAGGAGCUGGAAGAGGUUAAGAACCAUAAUCGGAGAAAGAAGUGAAAGAGAAGACCUUCAAAAGAAGAGGGAUAAUUUCUCCAAGGCAUGACUCCUGACUGGACUAGACUGUGGAUGAAUGUGGAGAUGAAGUGUAGGAAUUUAAGGAUGUAUAAUGUUUAAUUUUGUAUUGUUGUAUUGCGUAACUUCUUCUGUAUCCAUGAACACUAUAGGCAAUCGUUUUAAUUUAAUCAUUUUUUAAGCAUUUGUUCCAGGCAGUACACACAUGGUAAACUGGACAAACGUGAGAUUAAUUUAUUUUAUGCUGCGUACUAUGUUUGAGUAAUUUUCUCUCGGCAACAUUGGGCCUCAUUCACAGAACUUUUCUUAAUUAUUUUUACUUUUCUUCUUGUGCAUAGCCCAGGUGUACACAACGAUGACUGCUGACUGUUUGUAAAUUUUAUGUGCAAUUCUGUUCAUGAGAUUAGCAUAAAGAAACAGUGACGUACAAAUACGGAUAAGAAAAAAUGAUGAAUGCCGAAAUGUUCGUGGAAAUGUUCUUACACAGUUUAUGAUCAAAUAUGGUCGUACGCAUGUUUUGUGAAUGAGGCCCUUUGUGUCUUUGCUUUUCUUCUUUUUUCACUGUAUUUAUCUGGUUGUUUGCUGAUCAUUUGGGUUCAUUUUUUAUUUUUUAAUAAGAAAAAUCUGAAGAAGA